CUAACAUGCUAUCUCGUGCUUCCUAACGUAAUGCAGGAUGAACUCCAACCAGACCUCUACCCACGCAAGCACUUCUAGCUCGUCUCACGACGGCGUCUCGCCAGACCGGAUUCUCGAUCUCGAUCUCUUCAUUUUGGACAAGAAUAUAUGGGAGUAUGAGCGAGUGAACUGUUCAAUCCGAUAUCUGAACAUCGAAUCGGAUGUUGCGCCAGAUGGGCAAGUUCCCGUGAUAUUGAGGAUGGGCGCCACCGCUGAUGACCUUGUGGUCGAUAGAGAUAUGGGUAGAAACUUCUGGUACUUGUACUCCUUGGAAGACGAAAUUGAUGUAGAGCCCGUCGACGAGGAGGGAGAUCCAGAACCUGCCACUCUUGAAGAGAUGACGGACGCGUGGCGCGUCCUCUGUGCAAAGCAGAGAUGGUUAGACCCCGACAGGAGGCACGUAAAGCUUUGUGCCUGGUUUUGCCUGGGACAACCGAUUGUGCCUGCACCGGUCAUCAUAGAUUAUUACGGUCGCAUUUGGGUAUUCAACCGUAACACGACAAUCGUGACACUGUUCACGACCGUGAAGAUUGACGGUCAAAAGAUGGAAGCGCUUUUUAUUGCAAGGGAGGAGUUCCGAGGAGUCACCCUCAAUUUUGUGCAAGCGUUUCGCAGCCCCACGGUCGAGGGUGAGCUCAGACGCUUCAGAAAUCGGUUAUCGCACGAUGCGGCAUUAAGGAGGGAGCUCAACUUCAGAGUCGACUGUUUGGUGCACUCUCAGUUGCACUACCUUUUCGAUAACUGUGGCGAGAUUUCCUGGAAAUUGGAACAUAGGAACCACAACUUGGAGGUUGUUUUUCAAGAGGAGGAACACGGUCUGUCGAUGGCCCGUGAUGUGAACGAUUGUCCGUACUGUCACAACGGACAUCCUGAAUACCUGUAAGGAAAGUGGUCCUCACUACGAGAGCAGUCUGCCCGUUCCACAUGAAUGAAGUGUUGGGAACGAG